AAACACAGUGUACUGCAUCACCAAAGCAGACAAAAACCAAUAAGGUGUAUUUAUAAUGUAGUGUAUAUAGGCCAUUAUCAUAUAAUGACGUCGGCAAUUCUUCAAUGGAUCGUCAAGGUAAAUAGGCCUAUAUCAUUUAGAGAUAAUUCUAUUUCAACAGCAAACCUCAUGUCUUUAAAAGUGAGUAUAUUUGUAAUAAGAAUAUAAUACAAAGGAAUUACAUGUCACCUAUUACUAUGCACAGCAUUGCCUCUAUUAAAAUGCACAUACCUAACAUAAAAUUAUACGUUUUAACUAGAGAAAUGGAAUAAUCACGUUGUGUUAUUUUUUUGGUGCCACUUUACAAUAAGGCUACCCAUAUAUAGAGUUUACCAAUGGUUUAUGAUCUGGUUAUUAAUUAGGUUGUAACACUUUGUAACACAGUAGGUUAUUUUUUUUAAUUAAUGAGUUACUACCAUUUACAAGUGGCAAAAGGGAGCCUUAUUGUAAAGUGGUACCUUUUUUUAAUCAAAUAUAUUAUUAGAAAACUUCCCAGUAACACUUAUUAUUAGAAACAGGUAGCUGUAAUAUGGUUUCUCCGUUUUGUUGGUAUUUUACAAUGAAUUAGCUUAUAGUUUACAUAGCCAGCAUUUCGUAACGUUCUUCUCCGUUUCUCACUAUCAUGCCCGGAAAACCGGAAGACGUCCAUUGACUGAACAACUUCUUAGUAAAUGAAAACAUCAUAAAAACGUAUUUAACGACGUAUUUACUUUACCCGUAACACUGGAGUGGAUAAGAAGAAAGAAUGCAGCUGAAAGAAGAAUGAACGAGUGUAUUUAUUUUGGACGAAUUUAUAGUUGCGUGCCCGUUAUACGCGUACGGGCUUAUUUUUCGAUUUGAGCACCAACUGAUGUGAUCGAACUCCAACGCCACACCUACUCGGCUUGUUUUUUCCCCAUUCCACCGGUUUCAUCACUCGCUUUUACUUGAUGUAAGCAACGUACGAGAGGACUUCUUGUUAGAUGUAAGUUGGCUAGCUACGCGUAUAUAAGCUGGUCUAUUUAAAAUGAUAAAGUAAAAAUAUAUAUUGCAAUUAACACUGUAAUAUUUAGAGUAUAAAGUUCUCUAUUUUAAGCUGCUUCUGAUUAUACCUUUAUCUCGAGGAUAUAAAACAAUCGACUUUGAUUAAGUGCCAUUUUUGUUUUAUAUUAUAUAUUAUAAUGUAUAUGAACUUUUUUUGCACCCACUGGGAAUAGCGGCUUAUUCGUCAAGAUUGACGCACUAAUACUUAGAAUGAUAUUUUACAAAGAACGAAACGCCGCUAUGUUUUCCUGUAAAUCCUGCAUUUCUUCGUGGCAUGAGGAAGUCGGCAUUUCUUCACCAUGAGGUAUUAGUUGUUAUUCAUUAAGAAUAUUUCUCUGGCUGCCACGGCUAGGAGCUAGGACAACAUUUUUUAAAUGGAAUAUAAGAAAACAACGAAUCUCUUUCUACUGCUCGAGAAUGAAGAUAAGAUGUUCUUCUGUAUUAAAACUUCUUAAAAAGAUAUUUAUUUUUUUCAUAUCUCUGUUGCUUAUAUAUUUAUUUAAAUCUCAGUACAUAAAAGGAACUUUGAGAGACAGCCUUUUCAUUGAGCCCUAUGGGACCUUCUCCAAAAUUUUGCCCAAGUAUGAUAUUGACUGUGAGGCAGUUUACGAGUUGGAACCAGUAGAAAUUGGAAAAACCUUGGAAAUAAGAAGGAAAAAUAUCAUUGAUUUGGAGGAUGAUGAUAUUGCAGUUUUGACCUCAGAUUGUGAGAAAUUCUCCAAAGCCAGAGGAUAUGCAUUUCACCCCACUUCUGAAGAGGAGCGUCAGUUCCCUUUGGCCUACUCGUUAGUUGUACACAAGCAUGCCUCAAUGGUGGAGAGGAUCUUGCGGGCAAUCUACAUGCCUCAGAAUGUUUACUGCAUUCAUUAUGACAAGAAAUCCUCCAAAAAAUUUACUGAAACUAUGAAGAAUAUCGCCAGAUGUUUCCCUAACGUCUUCAUUGCAUCAAAGCAGGAAUCUGUGCAGUACGCGGAUAUCACAAGGCUCAGGGCUGAUAUUAACUGUCUGUCAGACCUUCUCAGGUCUCCGGUCAAGUGGAGAUAUGUUAUAAACUUGUGCGGCCAGGACUUCCCUCUGAGGUCCAACUUUGAGUUGGUGACAGAGCUGAAAGGCCUCCAAGGAGCCAACAUGCUGGAGUCUAGCAAGCCCAGCGACUUGAAAAAGCUACGUUUCCAGUUCCAGCAUGUGCUUAAAGACGUACCCUAUGAGUACCAGAAGCUGCCCGUGCGGACCACGCAAGCCAAGGAGAUGCCGCCAUACAAUAUUGAGGUUUUCAGUGGGAGUGCCUACUUCGUCCUGUCACGCGAGUUUGUGAAUUACACUCAUGGGAACCGAAAGGUGGAGGACUUCCUGACCUGGUCGGCAGAUACCUACUCCCCUGAUGAGCAUUACUGGGCCACUUUGGUGCGAGUGCCUGGUGUGCCGGGUGAGAUCCCCAGAUCCAGGCCUGACAUCACAGACCUAAUGAGCAAGACGCGACUGGUGAAAUGGAACUACCUGGAAGGCUCCCUGUACCCACCAUGCACUGGUGUUCACAUACGCAGUGUCUGCAUAUAUGGAGCAGCAGAGCUGCGCUGGCUACUGAAUUAUGGGCACUGGUUUGCAAACAAGGUGGACCCCAAGGUGGAUCCUAUUUUAAUUCAAUGUCUAGAGGAACGACUUAUAGCGCAGCAAAAAAAACUAACAAGACAGACUUUGACUAGAACAAACAUACUGUAUGAAUAGUGUUUUGCCCAUAUCCUGCUGGCCUAUUUCAUGUCCAUUGAACUCCAGCUUAGAUUAUAGCUUUGAGCCACCAAUAUACCAAAAAUGUUCAGUUUUCUAAUACAAAUAAUGCUUUGGCUAAAAUGGGUGGUUUGUAGUUUCUGACUGAGAUGCUUUUACAAAAGAACCCAAGCAAAGUGGGUGAGGUACCACAGAAGCCAUCACAAUGCACAAUAACGUGUGCGAGGUUUGUCUUCUGAAAGAUUUCCAGUGUGACUGAUAUAAAUUUCUGUCGUUGGUGUAAACUUGAUUUUAAUUUAAUCCAUUAAUUAUUAACAUCUUCUAUUUGAGACUGAUAUUUUGCCAUUCAAAUUAUCUGACUGAAUCAAAGAAUUAGUGGCAUUUGAGAAUUUAACGUUACUUUCACAUGGGAAAAUUGACCUACUGUAGCUAGAAAUGUUCAGCGGUUUUUAAGAACAUUUUACAAAAAUGUCAGUGAGACACCAGGUUGCCUUUGCAGUGAUAGAAAAUAUACAGUGGAAGAUUUAGUUUCCAAUACUGCAUUUUCAAAAAAGUUCAAAACUGUUUAUUUUCUAACAUAUUUUUAUUGACAGUUAAAUUGAAUAAACAUUGAAAUGGAGAACUUUCUUUUUCUCAAACAGUCAACGACUGAAUCAUGUUUACAAUAAAACUGAGAAAAAUAA